AUGGAAACAAGGAUUAUGUGGUCAGUAAUAGGAUUGGGUAUUGUAACAUUGUUCAUUAUAUUUAUAACUCACUGGUUUUACAAGUGGAACAAUCCCAAAUGCAAUGGAGUUCUGCCUCCAGGUUUCAUGGGCUUCCCUCUCGUUGGAGAGACACUUCAGUUUAUAAUGCCCAGUCGCUCUAUAGACAUUCAUCCAUUCAUCAAAACCAGAAUUCAAAGAUAUGGUGCAGUGUUUCGUACCAGUUUGGUAGGGCGGCCUCUGGUUGUAUCAGCUGAUCCCGAGUUCAACAGCUUCAUCUUCCAACAAGAAGGAAAUGCUGUUGAAAUGUGGUACUUGGACAGCUUCUCUCAGAUUUUUGAUCUCGAUGGUGAAAGUAGGUUCAACUCAGUAGGUUGCAUUCACAAGUACGUAAGAAGCAAAGUGUUGAAUCAGUUUGGUCCUGAGAGCCUCAAGGAAACGUUGCUUCCUCAACUAGAAAAAAUGGUUCACAAAACUCUAAGCAUUUGGCCAAGCCAAGCAUCCAUUGAAGUGAAACAAGCCACUGCAACCAUGGUUUUCGAUUUUACUGCAAAACAGAUGUUUGGUCAUGAUUACGAAAAAUCGUUGGAGCAGAUAAGUGAUACUUUCGCCAAUUUCUUACAAGGUCUAAUCUCCUUUCCUCUGAACAUCCCCGGUACUACAUUCCACAAGUGUAUGAAGGACAAAAAGAAGAUACUGUAUAUGAUAAACAAUAUGCUAAAGGAUAAACUCACUUCCACUGCUGAGACAUGCCAAGGGGACUUUCUUGAUCAAGCCAUCAAAGACUUGAGUUCCGAAAAGUUUUUGACAGAGGAUUUUAUAGUUCUGUUAAGCUUUGGAACUUUAUUUGCCAGCGUUGAGUCAUUAUCAACAACACUUACUCUAGCUUUCAAGCUACUUUCAGAAAACCCUUCAGUUGUAGAUGAGCUGAGAGCUGAGCAUGAAACAAUCAUUAAAAACAGAGAUAUUUCGGAUUCCGCACUGACAUGGGACGAAUACAAAUCAAUGACUUUUACUCUUCAAGUUAUCGACGAAAUUAAUAGACUUGCAAAUGUUAUUCCAGGGUUUUUAAGAAGAACAUUGAAAGAUAUCCAAGUAAAUGGUUAUACAAUUCCGGCAGGUUGGAUGAUUAUGGUUAUCACUUCUGCUCUUCAUCUAGAUCCUAACACAUUUAAGGAUCCACUUGCAUUUAAUCCGUGGCGUUGGAAGGGGAUGGACUCAAUUGUUAUAUCUAAGAAUUUUAUGCCUUUUGGAGGAGGACUGAGACAAUGUGCAGGUGCAGCGUACGCUAAAGUGUUCAUGGCCACAUUUCUCCAUGUUUUAGUUACCAAAUAUAGGUGGACCAAAAUCAAGGGAGGAGACGUUGUUCGGGCUCCUAUUUUAGGGUUUGGAGAUGGCAUUCAAAUAAAGGUUUGGGAAAAAGCCUGAUUAAGAUGUUUCUAUUUGGCAUAAUGUGAUGCGUCACUUGUUAAUCUAUAGAAUUUUGUGGAUUUUUUUUUUUUUUUUUUUUUUUUUGGUGGAAAAAAAAAAAAGUUGCCUGUGUAAAACUGUUCACCUCAAUCUUUGAGAGCAAUGUGAACUAGUUGGUGUUAGUGAGGUACACAAAAUGUAAUGAACAUUUAUGGAAUACGUUUGGUCACUUAUUUAUUUUUUAAUUAGGGUCAAGUGCAA